AUGGAGUACUCUGACUACGAGGGCUUCCCCGCGCCACUCACCAACGGUGGUGUCAACGAGAAAGGUGUUGCUGUAAGAGACGUAUGGGCGCAAAACAGGGACGAGCUUAUCGCCAUCACACCCAAUCCUCAGACAGGCUUGCAGUAUUCCGACCUAGCCCGCGUCGUAAUGGAGCGAGCAAGUACCGCGCGCGAAGGCGUUGAGAUUAUCGGCCAGAUGAUCGCCGAGUACGGCUACGCAGAUUACGGCGGUAACAGCCAUCUCAUUGCCGAUGCGAACGAAGGCUGGGUGGUGUGGGAAAUGUCAGGAGGUCAGAAACUCUGGGCUGCUGAACGUCUUGGCCCAGACGUUGUACGUGUCUUAUACCCGGGGUACAUUGAAGAGUUCCCAGUCGAUUUCAUGAACACCACGGACUACAUGGGCUCACCCAACAUCGCCACUUUUGCUAUUGAGCAGGGUUGGUGGAAUCCCAAUGGAACUGAGCCCUUCAACAUCUGGAAAGCGUACGGUUCGCAAGGUGGGAACUACACCGCAAGAAAUGGAGGAUACAAAUACAUGUCUCGAGCAGCGCUGGAGAACGCCACACUUGCAAUGAUUCCAGUUUCCGAGAAGGAUCUCAUCGAGCGCGUACGCGACUACCGCAUUGCCGACGAUGAAGCUGGAUACGGCCAAGUCGUCUCUCUACACCCAAACAUGGACCCAGAUCUAAUUCACAUCUGGGUUGCUCCCACGGGAUCCGUAACCGCGCCAUUCAAUCCGUGGUGGCUCGGUGUUGCAAGCGUGCCUCCAGAGUACGGUCAACAUCGCUACUUGACGGCGGAUGCUGCAUCGACUUUUUUGGACACAGACUUCCAAUACCAGGAAGCUACAUACUUUGCCGGACGCAUAUAUAAACAGGCCCUGUACUAUACCUGUUCUGACCCCGAAACACUACUCCCAAUUGUACAAAAUAUGCUGCACGGCUUUGAGAAUGCUUCGUUCAGCGACCUAGCUUGGGUCGAGCGCAGCGCGAAAACUCUGGUAGUGAAUGGCCAGCGCGCUGACGCUCUCGAUCUGCUAACGUUCUAUGCCCACACGCGUGCUGAUAAGGCCCUGAGCUUGGGAAAGACGAUGGUAGACGCGCUGGAUGCGUACAUAAAGCUGGCGGGUCAGUUCCGUAUGCCUUCAGGCACUAGAAUCAACGAUCCUGGUCUUGGUGCGGAGACGGUCAAUUGCCUUGUUGGGUGGGAUCCGGAUCAGCCUGCUGACCAGCAAACACCUUUGCGGAAGAGAAAGUGA